AUGCGCUGCUUAAGGAAAGUUGGGGAGCUUAGUCUUCGGCCACGCAUUGCGUCGGUUUGCCGUGGUCCGGUACAACGUCGGUUUAACGCCAAUUCCACGCGAAGAGCACCAAAUGCAUCCGAAAGCUCCUCCACUCCAAAAGAAACGGUUAAUGGAAAAGGGUUGGUAGUAGGUGUUGCGGUGGUCGCUAGUCUAGCGGGCUAUGGCAUCUCAACGCUUUCUACCGGUGGCGCAAACAAACCAAGUAGCACCCGUGCUAUUCUAGACCCAGAACGACUUCCUACAGUCAAAUAUGCGACACUUGAAGACAUGCAAAAAGCCAUAGCUCAGAUCGAAUACGAAUUACGCGACACUGAAGACAUAAUCUCAACAGACGAUGAGGACCUCAAAAUGCAUGGAUUCGCAGAGUGGUCAUCUGUCAGGGUCGAUACGCUACCCAUCGCUGUCGCAUAUCCUCGGAACACCGAACAAGUCAGCACUAUUGCGCGCAUUUGCCAUGAAAGAAAAGUCCCAAUCAUUCCCUACAGCGGGGGCAGCAGUCUUGAAGGCCAUACUGCUGCACCCUUUGGUGGCAUCAGCAUGGAUUUCGUGUAUAUGAAUCAGAUCAUAAAGAUCAAUGAAGAUGAUAUGGAUGUCGUGGUUCAACCUAGUGUUCAGUGGGUGGAUUUGAACGCACAGCUAAAGAGUAUGGGAACUGGACUUUUCUUCCCGAUGGAUCCAGCUCCUAGCGCGAAAAUCGGAGGAAUGAUAAGUACGAAUUGCUCAGGCACAAAUGCGGUGCAUUACGGUACUAUGCGCGACUGGGUCAUCAAUCUCACCGUCGUCCUAGCCGAUGGAACUGUCAUCAAGACUCGAAAGCGCCCGCGCAAAUCCAGCGCCGGAUACAACCUAAACGGUCUCUUCGUCGGCUCGGAGGGUACACUCGGAAUCGUAACCGAAGCCACGCUGAAGCUGGCUGUUCUACCUGAGAACUACUCUGUUGCUGUCGUACCUUUCAAUACAAUUCACGAUGCUGUCUCGGCCGCUACCAAGGUCAUCCGCCGAGGAGUUCCGGUUGCCGCUCUUGAACUCAUGGAUGAGACCCAGAUGCGUAUUGUGAACGAGGGUGGUGUCACACGGCCGCGAGUAUGGCAGGAAAAGCCAACUCUCUUCUUCAAGUUCUCUGGGUCGAAGCUUAUGUUGGAAGAGGCUAUUCAGAAUGUGAAACAGAUUACUGAAGCUUAUGGCUCGCAAGGUUUUGAAUUCGCUCGUGAUGAGAGAGAGCAGACACUUCUCUGGUCGGCGCGGAAAGAGUCUCUGUACUCUUUACUAGCGCUUCGUAAGGAGGGCGAAGAGAUGUGGAAUACCGAUGUCGCAGUCCCAUUGAGCCACCUGGCUGAUAUAAUUGUUACCAGCAAGCAGGACGCGGCGGCCUUGGGCUUAAACGCCUGUGUCAAGGGUCACGUUGGUGAUGGUAACUUCCACGAAAACAUCACAUAUGACGGUACAAGCCCGGAGGAGUAUGAAAAAGCCAAGAAAGCUGUCAAAAACAUGGUUCAACGGGCGAUCGAUAUGGAGGGGACUUGCACGGGUGAACACGGUAUCGGGUUUGGUAAGAAAGAAGCUCUUCAACAGGAGGUCGGAAAUGCGACUAUCUCAUUUAUGAAAAUUCUCAAGGGAACCUUUGACCCUCACUGGAUUAUGAACCCUGGGAAGGUUUUUGAU